UCACUUCUCGGCCCCCAGUACCCGAUGCAGGGAAAAUGGCAACUUUUUAUCGUUUUAAUGAGCAGUGCUUGGCAACUGAUCCUAAUAGCUGAGUAUUUUACCGAUAAAGAGGCCAAUGGAAUAUUUUCAAAUGGAAACUGCUCUUUACCACCAGAUUAUGAUGUAGUUAUCGGUAUCUUAUCAGCAAGGGGUAAUACAGAGCAGCGCCAAGCACUCAGAGAAACAUGGGUUGGACAUGCCCUACAACACCCCUCCUUGAGACAAAGGAUAAUGGUCAAGUUCAUAGUUGGCAAUCAGCCAUGCCCCAUACCAGCAUUAGACAGGCUUGAUCAAUAUUCUUGUGAACCAGAUGUCAUUGUUGACCCAGUACUGAAGGAAGACAUUAUAGCUUACAAGGUUCCUAGAGGAGCAGUUGGAUAUCACUCUUACAAUGGUCCCCUGGGUAUGGACUUUAGGGUGAAUUUUCCCAUCAUUGUCACUCAGCUUGGAGUAUUUGACAGUAAUUCAGAUGGAAUCAAAAGUCAGCUGACAGUUCCUCUUUAUGACAAAGCAUCACAGAUGGAAGUAUUGAGUGUCAACUUCACCCAAGAAGAACCUGGAGAGUUAAUUGGUGGAAGUAGAUUUAAACCUGUUGACCAGUUUCUCCUGCCAAAGGGAUUUGAAGGUUCCAUCGUAGGGGAGAACUUCAGUUUGUCUGAUCCUAGCAGUAACAACCCUUUGGUACAUGGUGGAUUAGACAGAGGUGGAGGUUUGGUUUCAUUUCACAAAGUGAGUCGCUUUGGAGUGGAGCAAAGUGUUUUCCCAGAAGUGGAAGAAAAAUUCUCUGAAGAAAACAACCAAUACGGCGCUGGAACAUUUAUGUAUCGUGCUUAUGUUGCAGAUGGCGAAUUCACGAGGAGAAAGGUGGAGGAGAGGAAGAAGGAAAAGGAGGAAAGAGCAAAAAUGUGGCAUGAAGUUAUGUUGCGGGAAGAAAAAGAAUUGAAACAAGAAAUACGGCUGUAUGACGAUAUUUUGAUGGUGGAUGUUGUAGAUGUUUAUCGCAACCUUCCAUUGAAAUUACUGAAAUUUUAUUACUGGGUUGCGCUGAAUACGAAUUUUAACUUCACUCUCAAAACCGACGAUGACUGCUUUGUGCACUUAGAAUCAGUUGUCAAGGAACUCAAAGACAGAAAACUACGGGGGAAGGAACGCAUUUGGUGGAGCAGGUUUCGCACUGGUUGGCCAGUGGAGCGAGUGGGAAAAUGGCGGGAACUUGACUACACCGCUCCGGUUUACCCGUCAUUCGCUUGUGGCGCGGGUAAUAUGCUGUCUGCUGACCUAGUGAGAUGGCUGGCGUUUAAUGCCGUUAAUCUUAAACCAUACCAGGGUGAAGAUGUGUCGGUUGGAAUCUGGCUUUCGGCCUUGGGACCAAACUUAGUCAAUGAUUACCGCUGGUCAUGUGGACGCGAGUGUGAUACGGGAAUUUUCACUUCCCCCGAAAAUGAACCCGAGGAACUGCGAGAGAUGUGGGCUGAUCUACAGACAUGUGGGGAUCCCUGUGGCUGUUCAUAGACCUGUGUUUGGAAUCAUGGGGAACUCACUGGCUCUAUAAAAAGUAGAUCAUAAAGUUUAUUGAACUUUAGAAGUGAUUACUUAUGAAGUGGUUUCCUUUUGACUAAAAGACUACUUCAAGAACUUCGGGACACCUCGGGACACACCUCGUUCUAGAAGUUACCUUCUCGAGUAAUGAGAGUUAUAACUAAUGAACCGAUUGAAUUACUUAUACGGUUAGUUUACAACAGUUAAAGUAUUUGCGUUAAAUAAUUUUGGAAAUUGUUAAAAACUUGUGUUGAAACAAGUUUCACACGACCCUUUUAGUAUAUGUAUAUUUCUUUAACUAAGAAAAACGUAGCCAACUUUUAGCGAGAAAACGACAUUUGAAAGUCAUCGUAGUACUAUAAAAUAGUCAAAGCCAGGGAAUCCCUCUCCUAUUUAAGGAGUAAGGUUACGUUUUGUCAUCAUUAAUUCCCUUUGUUCUCAAAGCGUGUAGUGCGGUUGUUAUCUCCUUGUUGAAUUCAUUGCUAAAAGAUAGACUGAAACACUC